AAUGCUAAAAGAUAUCUCAGAGUGACCAGUGUGGUCCAGGGAUGCCAGUUUGGAAAUUAGCCAGUGACUACCAUGCGAUUGCGCCGCAUAUAGAAUGCAUAAAAAAUGUGAUUGUGUUUCUCCCCCUGUUUCAAGGUCUGCCGCGGAUCUGCAUUCUGUCUUAUGAGGAGACAGCUUUACUGCAAUGCUAUCUCAAUUGGUUUCGAACUCCGGGGGAGAGCAAAUGACCCGAAAGAAGGGUGUUGCCGAACGCUGACACUGUUUACGUGCGUUGUUGCUUUUUUGGACAGACUGCAAAGAAGAGGGGCAGGUGUGUGGUUUUAGUCGGCUUUUCACUGUCUGUAGCGUUGGCAACUGAGUUAUCUGCGGUCCCUCCGUCUCAGUUGCGUGCGGACUUAAAUUUCAACUGUCAGAAUCCUGCCUCCUCCCAUGGAUCGGACGAUUAUUGCACGAAGAUUUUUUUGGAUGACUGUUCGGUCGUAGCCUACUUUAGGGAAGAGGACUCAAACUUGGACGCGGAUGUAAGCCCGGAGGAGGCGUAUAAUCUUCUGGGCUGAAAAGGGAGAAGAAGAGCUUUCGGAUGUUGGGAUCACAGAUGCCUCUCUCCUCAGAUUAGUUUGCCUGCUUGACAUUUAAUGCCUGGAUAGUGUGUCCAUAGAGAGCAUCACGAUAAGGAGAGAUCAUCAACAUGAACACAGAUAGCGGAGGACACGCUCGCAAAAGCUCCACCCUGUCCCUCACUCUCACACCCAUGAAGAGGGUCCAGAGUACGCCCAACCUGUAUGACACUGCAGGAAAUGAGUCUCAUUCGUCAGAUUCAGAUGGCUGGCGGUCCCGCAGUGCCACUGAUGGACUGAGAAACGGCGAGGCAAGCGCUUCCUCCCUGGCAGCCAAAGGCUUCCGCAGUGUUCGACCCAACCUGCAGGACAAGAAGUCUCCCACACCCGUCCCACUUCCACCCCCCAGGAGAGAAAGCUAUCACAUAAAUCCCCCUGGCACAACCCCUCCCCCGUACAGUCCCCUGCAGUCCCUCACGGACCCCUUUAGGUCCGUGCUGAAAUUCGACGGGGCAGACUCACUUGUUCAGGGCAAGCGGGUGAUCCAGCAAACCACCUACUCCAGCACCACCACCUCCUCCUCGUACUCCUGCACGGCAAGCACUUCAGCCACCCUGACCCAGUCUGCAGAUGGCCCGGCCAAACCCGUAGACAACCCCUCCCUGUGCAACAGCAGCACCCCACCUCUCAAGCCCACCCCCUCUGAGGGAGCACCCCCCCCCAGCGCACCUCCUACAGAGCCAGACCCUGCCCAGAGAGAGCACACCUCCCGCACGUCUCCCCCACCCCCAGAGAUACACACAGCGUCUCUCACCAUCCAGAUGGCUGCCCCCCGCAGCUCAGAGCCAGGAGCCCCACCCUCGGGCCCCGCGGUGGAGACGGGACCGGAGCUGAAGCACAAAACUGAGGAAUCUCAGGCUGACCCCCCCGUCCCCACGGAAGAACCGAAACAGACGGACCCCCCACCGCAGCCCGCCAUUCCCUCUGUCCCAAGCGAACACAAACAGGGGGAACCCCAGCAGGCAGGACCCCAGGAUGCAGAGAACCCCCCUCCUUUUGAGGCCCCACCCCUGCACAGCCACGCACUCCCCGGGCCCGCCUCGCCCACUAACCGCGGCGAGAGCCGCGCAAGCCUGGAGUCCCCCGACUUCCUGCCCAAGGCACAGUCCCCGACGGCGUACAUGCUGUCCCGCGACCUGGAGGCCCGGCUCUGGCAGAGCGAGGCGGCCUCACCCGUCACCGUGUCGGCCCUCAGUCACUACUCCUCCUCCACGGCCGUGCUGGAGGAGCUGCAGAUCUGCUCCCUCGACUCCCCCGGCGCCUCCGCCACGCCCUCCCCGACCCUCAGCCAGAUGUCCGCUGCCCCUGACGACGCGGCCCUAACUGCCGCUGGCACGCCCGCCAACGGCCAGAUGACGGUUAACGGGAGCGCAGGUCACUACCAGAAGCCCUUCACCGCCCCGGGGCACCCGCCCCUCGUCCCCCCCUCCCUCAGUCCCAGCAUCGUCCUCAGUAGGAGCUCAGAAUCCUCAGACUCCGUCCGGGAGACCCGCUCCACCGGGCACACGACCGUGACCAGCACCGUGCCCAUCGCCCGCUUCUCAGAGGAGGAAAAGAGGGUGUCUGUCAUCAAGGCGCCCCACUACGAGGGCAUCGGGCCGGUGGACGAGUCUGGCAUCCCCAUCGCCAUCAGAACGACCGUGGACAGGCCGAAGGACUGGUAUAAGACUAUGUUCAAACAGAUCCACAUGGUCCAUAAACCAGAUGAUGAUUAUGCAGACACAUACAAUGCCACAUAUGCAAUAGUUAAUUCAGAUAACGGUUCAAACGCGGUCCAUGCCCACCCGCCCCCUAGGACCCACACCUACCGGCCCCUCUCCAAGAGCCCCUCGGACAACGGGCCCUGCUCCCUCCCGGACCCCGCGCCCUCUCCCAUCCCCCCACCGCCUCCCCCUAUGCCAUCGCUGGCCCAGCUGAGACCCGGAGAGAGGGACCUAACUCACAAAUGGAUAUGGCUCCCGUGUCACGGCAGGAAUGAGUGGGGCCCCCCCGACAGGAAGAUAGACACCCGGAUGUAUCGCGCGGAGCCGCGGAGCAUCUUUGAGUACGAGCCGGGGAAGUCCUCUAUCCUGGAACAGGAGAGAGCGAUGUAUGACAUAAACCCAGAUGGCUUAGAUUUAGAGAAUGAACCCUGGUAUAAGUUCUUUUCCGAGCUGGAGUUUGGACGCCCGCCUCCUAAAAAGAGGCUGGAUUAUAAUCCAGAGAGCUGCCCUCGAAGUGUCACCCAGACGUCUUUUUAUCACGCUUCAGUAGACAGAGGACCAGAGAGGCCAUCGAGCUCAGCCAGUGACCACAGGAAAAGGAGGAAGUCAGAACCGUCUGUCAAUCCACAGGGACCGCAGGGUGAACAGGGGUCCCCCCGGCCUGCAGACCCUCACAAGGAGAGCAACACCCUGAGAAAACCCCUCACCCGCUCCUCGCCCUCCUCUCCCUCCAGACGUCCAAACCAGGAUACCUCACGGGACUCGGGCUCUAUGGGUCCCGCGGUCGGGGCCCCAUGUGCGGGCGGGGCCCCGCCCGGCUCCAAGAGGUCCAUCUGCUUCAAGAACGGCUGGCAGACGCAGCGGCAGGACGCGGAGACCUGGAGCAGCGCUGAGGAGGCCGUCUCGCCCAAACUCAAGUCCCGCAGCUGCGAUAACCUGCUGGGGGACGGGCCGGGGGCGGGCUCCGCCCACCCGCGCUCGGAAAGCGCCGGAUCCCUGGCCUGCGAGGAGGGGGAGGAGCCUAAGCAGCCCCGCCCCUGGCACUGGCACCGGUCCGCCCACGACACGCCCGGCUUCCUCCAGCUCUACCGCAAGAUGCACCGCAUCGACCGGCGCGACCUGCUGGCCUCCGAGGUGAUCCGCUCCGUCCGCGCCCGCAUCCUGGAGCUGGAGCGGGAGCAGAGCCGGCAGCAGCCGCCCGACUGGCCGGGCUGCGAGGGGGAGGUCCCCCGGGACGUGGUGCCCACGCGCAUCUCCCAGUACGAGAGCCUGAUCCAGAAGUCCAAGUCCAUGCCCAACCUGGGAGAGGACCUGGGCUCGGGCGCUGGGACGCCCGGCUCCUCCCAGAGGAGCAGCAGCCCCCGACGCCGCUUCUCUGUGGAGUCCCUGCUGGAGGAGGAGCCUCCCGCCCGCCACCCGCCCGAGGGCCAGCCGCAGCACCCCCGGGCCCCCGGCCGCGCCCGGUCCCGCCCGGACUGCUCCGACAGCGACCACGAAGCGGCCGCCUCCGACCUCAGCGACUUCAUCCAGCUGGAGGGCUCCUCGCUGUGCAGCGAGAGCGACUACGACCGCUGCUCCCUCACCUCCUCCGAGAGCCUGUACGGGUCGGGCCAGCACCUCCACCUGCACCACCCGCACCACCCGCACCACGCACACCAGCACCAGCACCGCCACCUCCUCAGCUCCUGCAAGGGCCCGUGCCCGGCCUCCUACACGCGCUUCACCACCAUGCUGAGGCACGAGCGGGCGCGGCAGGACCGCAGGCAGCCGGCCCGGCAGGACGACCCCGACGCCGGCCUGUCCAAGCUGGCCUUCCUGGUGAGCCCGGUGCCCUUCCGCCGGAAAAAGGGCCCCGCGCCCCCCCGGCAGGGCCGCCGACCCCGGCCGCGGCCCUCGGUGUACGAGGCGCUGGACUCCGCCCUGCAGGGAAUCUUCCAGCACCUGCAGGACGAGCGGAGGCGGGGCCUGCAGCCCGACAGCAGCAUCCUGCAGCGGCUAUUGGACGAGCUGCUGCCCGACGUGCCCCAGCGGAGCUCCUCCCUCAGGGCCCAGGCCUGCCCCCCGCAGCCCCACGGACACGCCUCCCGCCGUGGCCCUGAGCCCCACAGCGCCUCUCAGCGCCGCGCAGAACCCAAAAGCAGCGCCCCCAGCGACGCACACGGCUACCAAGCGCCGGUGGAAGGGGUCACUACACCGGGCCAUUUCGGGGGCCCCCUCUCACUGCGGUCCCCCUUUGUGUCCCCUACAGAUCAGGACACCUACAGAGGAUACUCCUACUCUGACGGGGCCCCUCAGGGCAAAAGGCCGACUCCUGCGAGAGAGAAACAGCCAGCCACAGCAAUAUAUGACUUUAAGGCACAGACUACAAAGGAGCUGAGCAUUAAGAAGGGUGAGGUGGUGAACAUCAUCCGGCAGGUCGACAACAACUGGUAUGAGGGAGAACUCCGCGGGAGAGUGGGCAUAUUCCCUAUCGCAUAUGUGGAGAAACUUCCCCCAGAGAAGCAGCAGCCGGUCCGGCCCCCCCCACCGGCCCACGUCCAGGAGAUUGGCGAGGCGGUGGCCCGCUACAACUUCAACGCCGACACCAAUGUGGAGCUGUCACUGAGAAAGGGAGAGAGGGUGGUGCUGUUACGGCAGGUGGAUCAGAACUGGUAUGAAGGGAAGAUUGCAGAGACAAACAAGCAGGGCAUCUUCCCUGUGUCCUACGUGGACAUCACCAAGCGCUCCCCCGCCAAGAGUCCCGGGCCCUACAGAGAGUCGCCCUCGCCUCAGGGCCACACCCCCAAGUCCUCCAGGGUAGGCCCCGCCUCCUCCGACUGCAGUGGAGGAGAACCGUUCCACGUGCUGUACAACUACCUGCCUCGCAACGAGGACGAGCUGGAGCUGAGCGAGGGGGACAUCGUGGACGUGAUGGAGAAAUGCGAUGAUGGCUGGUUUGUUGGAAUGUCCAGAAGAAGCAGGCUUUUUGGAACAUUUCCAGGAAAUUAUGUGAAGCAGCUGUAAUCUUCACAGCCUUGAUCAGCAUCAUCAAAGCCCAUUCAGCACAACUAUGCCAGAUAAAGACGGGAAUUAAGGAAUUAAUCUAGAGGAAUUAAGGCCGCCACCGAUUUUUGUGUGCGUUUCACACUGAAGAUAACCUUUAGCUAUAACUAGCCAUCUUUGCAGAAGACUAUUCCAGUCCAACAUUUUUACAUUUUAAGUAUCUUGCGCUAAAUUCCAGUCAAUCAGCAUGUCUACAGGAGGAAAAUGCUUUGUUGAAGAGAUAAGGGCUCUGAGCACAGGCAAAUGAAAUCAGGCCAGGUCCCUGUAAACCAGACCAGGUUGUCUGUGCACUAAGCAUGUUAACUGAAGUGAUGGGCAAUUAGGGCUUCCUGAAUGUCAUAAUGGGUGGGACCACUCUGCUGUCAAUCACUGAUAUACAGUAUGACCCAAUCAAAUACUUUGACCUUCAUGGGGGGGAGUGGCUUAAAUAAUUAAAAGUGGUCAUUGAUGGCUCCCCCCAUUAUGGGGGUUCCUGAAGCCUUGGGGUCCCUUCACUAGUUUGUAUGAGUAUUUCUGUUCAUUAUUUAUUACAUAUGUUUCCACUGACAUGCUGCAAUAGAUGCAAAAAAGUGAAAUGUAAAUGAAGUAUAUAACACUAUAAUGUGGAACUUUUGAUUAUUAAUUUUUGGUUCUAAAAAAGCCACACCUGAGGUGAAAAAACACUGAUAUAUUUCACAAAUAUGAAGAAACCAAGUUACCUGUUUGCCUUUAUUUUAAUAGUUUGUCUUGGGGGUGGUAUGGUAUCUGAUGUAGUCAUUAGAGAAGAGAAGACUCUCUGUAUGGAGUGGAAGUUCUCCAUGCUUCAUGUUUAGAAGGUGAUAAAGGACCUUAUGUGGUUCAGGAUGUAUUGGCGGGAGACCUUGUGGUUCAACCUAUCACCAAGAGCACUUAAUCUUUCAUUUGAAAAAGAGGACUUAAGCACGCAUUUUUGUUUUGAGAAAAAAAAGCAAGCAUUGCUUUUGGUUAAUAUCAUUGGUCUGAAUCGUCCAUCGCUCAGAAUUAAAGACAAAGUGCUGUUUGGGGGUUUGACUGAAUACAUCCUCCCCUGCUUUUUGCAGUAUAGCAGUGUUACAGAAGUGUCUCAGUGCUACCCAUCAUAUAUUUGAGUUAGCAUUGAGCUAUCACUACUGAUGGUCAUUAUGAGUCAUGGCCAGUGUUUCAGCCAGUUUGUUUCAGUCCACUUAGCCUGGUCACCUCACACCCUAAAGAGCUCAUUCUUGUGUCAUCACUACAACCAGGUGUUUCUCAGUAUUCUAAGGAUUGUAUGGCUUCCAGUUUUAUGCUAAUGAUGCUAAUGCUAUUUUUUGUGUGUUGCUAGAUGGGAAAAUGUAUAAGAAGUGAUGCAAUAUGCCCUCUAUGUUUGAAGGAGGAAAGGAAGAUAUCUCAAAGUGCCUCUUUCCACAGUUUGUGAAAUAGACGGAGAAGACUAUUCUCCUCCUUUUAAAUCAUUUCUGUUUUAGGGCUCCUAGUUUUGUACAGUAUAUCUCUCCAAUGACUGAUACAGCUUUGAUGCACUUGAAGUGUAUUUUUGAAGCUUUUAGUUGGGUUUCUUUUCACUGAGUCUCUUUCUUCUACCUUCUGUCCAGCUGGCAAAAAAAGCUCCUCGGAGACUUGAAUCUUACACACAGUGAAUCAUAGCCAAUAGAUCAAACACAUAUUGAAUGUGCUCAAUCUAUUGCAAUUAUAUUCUCCGGAGCAUGACCAUCAAAUUUGCUUCAACAAUGGCAAUGGUCGUAAGCAAGUGAGGGAGAAUAGAUUGCCUAAAGCAACCUUUAUUUAAUUUCUUUAUUGUUUACCCUGUUUGUGAAUGGAAAAAAGAGUAUUGUGCUGUGAAGAAUUCACAGAUAUAAAGAGAUUAAGCUUGUUUUUUUUUAUUCUGGUUUAUUGCACACAAGUAACACAUUUUAUUUUGAAGUUGUUUGCCUUGUUUUCUCAUGUUACAAAGUGGAUAGAGAGCACGCCUUUUGCAUUGGAAACACUCGUGGGCAAGGACAGGUAUAGCAGAACAAUCGUUUAAGCACCUUAACAUGUAAUUAUGAUUUUGUUUUGUUGCUUCCCCCUCCGUCUUGUAGCAUUUUUGUAUGUAUUUUGUAUGGAGCUGUACAUUGAUGAAAUCCACUGCUUUAUAAAGUCUUUCUCACUCAGCUUCAGUUUGCUUUUCCUUCUUGAUUUAUUUCAUUCUUUUUUAUAUUUUAGUCCUGAAUUCAUCUCAUCCAUGAUAUCACUCAAAAGAAAUCCACUGGUCCAAACCCCCAUGUGAAAAUGUCAAAUAUCUUCAGAUACAGAAUCCCAAAAUCUAGGGAAGCCGUUGCCUGUAUGAAAUACUUCAUAUAUUACAGAACACACAAGUAUUGCAAUUCAUGUACAUAUAUCUGUCAUUUUCCAUCUUUGAACAUUAUUCAGAUUACGAAAUGUUUUGUAAAGAAUGCAUAUACUGUAUGAAAAUGGUCAUAAAUAAUAUAUUGCAAUUUAUGACAUGUUUUGGCGCAUGUUCAAAUGUUUUUCAUUUGGAAUAGAGAUUUUUACCAUAGACUUACAUAAUGCUUUUUUGUAAGAGUCUGAAAAUGACAUUUAUGCAAAAGAUAUUUAAGAAUGUACACCUAACAUGUGUAAAAAAAAUGCAAAAAGCACUA